CCGAGACAACCUUUAUGUUUGUAUGGAAAGACAACAAAAAGUGAUUUGUCAUACUGAAUACAAACCGAACUAUCACUUCAAUUCCGAAAAUUCAACACAAGUAUUGUUUUGCUAAAAAUACAAAAAGAAAUGGCUGAUAAAAUCAAGGUAACAACUCGAUCACUCAGUGACCAUCCAUUAAAAGCAUCUGAAGAAACAUUUGCACAGCGUGAACUUGAGACCAAUUUGCAAAUGUUGCGACGUAACGAAGGUAUAGCUGCACCAAUGCGAAUCAUGAUGGAAAUGCAAGCAUAUAAAAAGGUUGGACGUUUGCCAUUCUUGCCAUCAAGCCGACUUCAUUUGGAUGUGAUUACUGGCCGUGAUGAAACCAUCGAUUUCAGCAAUUUCCUUGGCACCGAAGAAUUCUCCGAACGCUUGUGUCAGCCCCAUACUAUGGCCGAAAAGAAAUUGAAUUUCAUUUAAACAACAAAGAAAAGUUCAUUUAUCCAACAUGCAUAAUGCAACAAAAAUUAUUUUCGAAUAUAUUAAGCUAAAGUAAUAAAGAAAUUGUCAUUUGGAAUAAAAAAUUAAAA